AUGCCUGUACGCAGAGGACAUGUCGCUCCCAAAACAACGCUUAUCGAGACAAUUAUUCGCAAAUUUGAUACUCACAAUCGAAGUUUUUUAGUAGCAAACGCACAACCAGAAUCAUGCCACAUCAUCUUCUGUUCGGAUGGAUUCUGCAAAAUGACGGGGUUUACCAGGGCGGAGGUAAUGCAACGAUCGGCAUGCACCGACUUUCUGCAAGGCCAAAUGACCUCGGUCGGUGUGAUGGAAUCUAUAAGGGAGGCGCUACGAAAAGGCGAAGAAAAACAUUUUGAAAUUCUUUACUACAGAAAGGACGGUUCCAAAUUUCUUUGCUCGGAAGUGAUCGCCCCAAUCCGCUCGGAAGUUGAUGACAUCUCACUGUUCAUAAUAAACUUCGAGGAUCUAUCUAAUCCCUCAAAUCCUGAACCGAUCGAACAAGUAAAGUUAAGUAAAUUUGAUAAGGCGAGAGCGAGUUUUCGACAAUCAUUUAGAAUUGGACAUAUAGCCCUUCGGGAUCGAGGUUUACGCUUGGCGGGAUACUUAACGCCUCCCUCCGAUGCGACCCAAGAUGAAGACGAAAUCAUUGCACCGAAGCAUACAAUCGAGAGUCCCGCCAACAAGAGUACAGUCCUCAAGGUGGAAGCCAACAUUUGGGCACCGAUGUCAACACCUGCCCUGACAAGAACGAAGGAACUGGACUGUCUUCCACGCGAUAUCGAUACACUCAGUGGACCAGGCGAGAUCGUAAUCACGGCACCCAAUACCACGCAACACAUGCGAGUGGACAGCAAGGAACAAAGUUCGAAGGACAUGAAACCAGAAUUUGUGCAAACUAAGAGCUUAGAUUUUGAAUCGCAAUUAAAACAUGUGGAAAGCGCGAAACUAAUUCGCUGUUACGAAAACACACAUUCCCAAACAAGCCGUGGAUUCGUAGAAAAACGUGCCCAUACGGUAGAUGAUUUCAUGAGAGAAAGCGACCUGCAGCGAUACAAAGCGGUCCCUGUGAAACAGGCUGCGGCUCAAGAUGCGAGGACCAGUUCAUCACUUUCAAACGUGCCUUCAGACUCGCUCAAAGCUAAGGACAAUGGCUCUGGCAAAUAUUUCCAAGGUACAAGGCAGACCAUUAACAUGGGGGAGAAAGUGGCACAGGAAGCUUCAUCAUGUCCUGCUGAAAAGCGCAACACAACCAGCGCCACAGAACUGGCACCAAGGGCGCGCAGUUGGGCACCAUCGUUGGAGUGCACGGUAAACUAUGUUCGCAACACCAUGUCCGAGGCAAGUUUGCGGGCAAAUUCGUGCGUUGAGCUGUCGGAAAUCCGCAAACUGGACAGUUUGCUGAGGCAGUGCGAAACGCUCAGUUACGAUGAUCUGUCCUCGGGCAGCAAUGGCGAGCGAGAGCUAGAGGACUACAUGGAGCAGCGCAAGCACAUCCGAAGGCGCCGCAAUUCCUCCGGGAACUGUAUCUUCACACCACCGAUCAGCAAGUCCACGUUGUCGAUGCUGUCCAGCCUAAACUUUCUGAACGGUGCGCGUAAAAUCAUGGGCGCUAUGAACAGACCGGGAGGCAUGAAAACUGGCACGAUUGUGGACCACCCGGACGACUGCUCGCUGCUGUCGCAGAAGUCUUUCACCACCAAAAGCUGUUCAAAUCUGCCGAAGGGACUGGGCUUUACGCCAGCCGGUGGCGGCACCGAGCCAGUCGGCAGGUCGCUCCAGCACCAGCAGCAGGUGGACAACUUGCACAGCCUGUCCGAGACUAUCCUUUCUAACAUACGCAAGGCUGCCCAUGCAGUGCAGAUGCAGAAGCCAAGCAAUCGAGAAACUUGCCGAUGUGCAGGUGGCCCAAACCCAAACAAACUCCCGCCGAGCACAACGCUGCAACUUCCGGCAAGCAUUCUAGCAGCGGAGGAGCUCUGUGGCGAUGAUGCGAAAAUGAUGCACCGCAAGAAUCAAUGUUGUCUUGCCCCGGAUGAGGAUAAUCGGAUAGUGAACAUAAUCGAAACGCCCAACAUUGUGCCGAUAUCGAUGAAGAGCCUCAACAGUGCCCUGUCGGAUCGGCUGUGCUACGCCAGCAAGGCGCAAAAAUCCUUCGACAACAAGUCGGAUAAAUCGAUGCUUUCCCAGGCGAACAGCGUCAAGUCGCGAUCAAAGUUCUCACCAUUGUCGCGCAAGGUUUCACAUAAAACCAACAGCUUCGACACGGAACCGGCCGAGGGUGCGAAAGAGUCGCUGCUCGGGCACAAGUUUGAGAAAAUACUUCCCGAACCGGUGGAAACAGUUCUAUCGCUGGGAGCUGACGUCCUGCCGGAGUACAAACUGCAGAGUCCGCGUGUUCACAAAUGGACAAUACUGCACUACUCACCAUUCAAAGCGGUCUGGGAUUGGAUAAUCCUGUUGUUAGUUAUGUACACAGCAAUAUUUACACCGUACGUGGCCGCAUUUCUGCUCAGCGAGCCGGACUAUAAUCAGCGAAAGAAUCGAAAAUAUGCCGAUGAUCCAAUUGUGAUAAUUGAUUUAAUAGUUGAUGUAACCUUCGUUGUUGAUAUACUGAUAAACUUUCGCACUACGUUCGUGAACGGGCAGGACGAGGUAGUAUCCCAUCCGGGCAGGAUCGCCGUUCAUUAUUUGAGCGGAUGGUUUUUGAUAGAUCUGGUAGCAGCCAUACCAUUCGAUCUGCUGCUGGUGGGAAGUGACACGGACGAGCUUGGCUUGGACAAAGAUGAGACAACCACCUUAAUUGGGCUGUUGAAAACGGCACGAUUAUUGCGCCUGGUACGCGUUGCUCGAAAGAUCGACAGAUACUCCGAGUACGGUGCGGCCGUCCUCGUACUGUUGAUGGCCACAUUCGCACUGAUCGCACAUUGGUUAGCCUGCAUUUGGUACGCUAUCGGGAAUGCAGAACGACCCCUACUGAAGGGAAAGAUCGGGUGGCUUGACGCACUUGCCCAAGAUACUCAGGAGUAUUACUUCCCGAACAACACCGGUGGAGGUCCUUCUGUGAAGUCUCGCUAUGUCACUGCCCUGUACUUUACCUUCACAUCGCUUACAUCUGUCGGCUUCGGUAAUGUUGCGCCAAACACGGAUGCGGAAAAGAUAUUCACCAUAUGUGUCAUGCUUGUUGGCUCGCUUAUGUACGCUAGUAUCUUUGGAAACGUUUCCGCCAUCAUACAGCGGCUAUACUCAGGAACUGCAAGAUACCACACUCAGAUGCUGCGGGUGCGCGAAUUCAUUCGCUUCCAUCAGAUACCGAACCCGCUGAGACAACGCUUAGAAGAAUAUUUCCAGCACGCCUGGACGUAUACUAAUGGUAUCGACAUGAAUUCGGUACUAAAAGGGUUUCCCGAGUGUUUACAGGCUGAUAUUUGCUUACACUUAAAUAGAAACUUGUUAAACAAUUGUUCAGCUUUUGAAGCGGCUAGCCCAGGAUGCUUAAGAGCACUGUCACUUAAAUUUAAAACCACACAUGCUCCACCGGGUGAUAUUUUGGUGCACAAAGGCGACGUUCUAACGUAUCUUUAUUUCAUCGCCAGAGGGUCAAUUGAAAUUCUCAAAGACGAUGUUGUAAUGGCGAUUUUAGGCAAAGAUGAUAUUUUUGGCGAAAAUCCCUGCAUUCAUUCAACACUCGGAAAAUCAAAUAGUAAUGUUAAAGCUCUGACAUAUUGUGAUCUGCAUAAAAUUCAUAGAGAUGACUUAUUAGACGUGUUAGAUUUAUUCCCGGAAUUUUAUGAUAGUUUUGUAAAUAGUUUGGAAAUUACAUAUAAUAUGCGAGAUGAAGAGCAAGCUGGUGUCGAACUUAGGCAUAGGUACAUGCGGACUGGAUCCCAAGAUCGCGACAGUGAGACGAGAUCUUACGUUAGAAAACUCAAUACCGUGCACCACAGGCCGUCUGGCAAUAAAUGUGAUAUGCCCAAUGAUAGAAGUUCGAUAGGACAGCUCAGUACUAAUUAUGACGAUGAUCGCAAAUUCUCGCUUUCCGGAAUAAUAAAUCAAUUGAAAAGAAGCAUACCAGAUCUUAGAUCCCAUAAACAUCAGCCAUUGACAAACCAGUGUGCUUCACCAAAUGAAAGCCCGAAAAGCACGCACAAGCAGACAAUACCACAUCUUCAAGAGCAUCAGACGGCGGCCAUGGUUGCCUCGUCCGUUCUUGGCCGGGCGGCAGACACUGUGACACUGAGUGCGGUCAGUAAUCGUGCCUGCACAUGCGGAUCCAAGCCGGAAAUACCAGGCGGGCCAAUACGGGCGGCCGAUUGCUCGCUGAAGAGUAGCCCGGAUGACGAUAUCUUUCAGCAUGCAGCACCGAACGGUAGCAAUGUGGGCAAACCAACGGACCCGAAACAUAAUCUGGGAAUAAUGGUGCAUCAGCUGUCCGAGCUGACGAAUAGAAUCGGCAAUCUGGAAUCGAGCCUGAAGCACGAUAUUAGAACCAUACUGGAAAUUUUACACCAGCAGCAGCAGCUGCAGAUGCAAAUACAGCAACAGCAGCAUGAUUAUGCACAGCACAAUCAGCAAAUGCAUCAGAUGCACACCGGGAAGACAGCAAUGUCUUCGUAUCAACCGUCCGAAAGUGAUUUUUCCUUUGACAUGUGCGGAGCGCCGAUAGAUCCACGGGAGGUUAAGCACCACCAGCAACCACUGUCAUCGCAGCAACGCAUCCACGUGGCCCGUUCCGUGUCCCAGCCCGAGUGCUCCGAUGAUCGUAGCUUAUUUAAAUGUUCAAAGUUUUCAUCGUUCAAUCAUCCUUUGGAGGAUACGCCCGAACAACAAAAUUGGAACAUAUUUGCCCCUAUUGCUAAACUGGAAUCGUUAGACGAAAUCGAUCAGGAAACUAAAGCUUCAUCCAGUCAUGAUAAGAUACAGUGA